GCUCAGCCGCCCCUCGGGCCCGUGGAGCGGCCCCAGGCCGGGCAGGGCAGCGCGGACAGCCGGGCACCGCGGGGGCGGCAGAACGGCCGUAAAAGAGCGGGCGGGAGAUGUGACUUACCGUGGCCUUAGGUUGCUGGAAGAGCUUGGAUUAGCUAUUACCGAGAGCAAAAACCAGCUGUACAGUAACUGUACUGUAAAACGUAGCACAGGGCUGCUCACGUCUUUGGCUACCAGGUGACAGGUGUGUUUAUGAAGAACUGGGACCCUCUGGAUGAGCAGGGAGCUUGCUCCAUUGACAGAGAUUGUGAAGAUGCCUAUCGGGUGUGCCAAAAGCUUGAUAUCCCGUUUCACCAGGUUUCCUACGUGAAGGAAUACUGGAAUGAAGUAUUCAGUGACCUCUUAAAAGAGUAUGAAUUGGGAAGGACUCCUAAUCCUGAUAUUUUGUGUAACAAGCACAUCAAAUUCAACUACUUUCUGCAUUAUGCUAUGGAUAACCUUGGAGCAGAUGCAAUUGCUACUGGACAUUAUGCCAGGACCUCACUGGAGGAUGAGGAAGUGUUUCAACAGAAACAUACUAAAAGACCACAGAAGCUUUUCAGAAACCGUUUUGAAGUUAGAAAUACUGUGAAACUCCUUCAAGGGGCUGACCUCUUUAAGGACCAGACCUUCUUUCUAAGUCAGAUUUCACAGGAUGCUUUGAGAAAAACCAUCUUCCCUUUAGGGGAUUUAACAAAAAGUUUUGUAAAGAAGAUAGCAGCAGAACAUGACCUUCAUCAUGUGCUAAAGAAAAAAGAGAGUAUGGGGGUCUGUUUCAUUGGUGAAAGAAACUUCGAAAAUUUCCUUCUUGAGUAUUUGGAACCUCAGCCUGGUAACUUUGUUUCCAUUGAAGACAAGAAGGUGAUGGGAAGACACAAAGGUUGGUUCCUCUUCACAAUAGGCCAGAGGGCUCGGCUGGCAGGCCUCAAGGAUGCUUGGUUUGUUGUAGACAAAGAUGUCAGCACUGGAGAUGUCUUUGUGGCACCAUCAAGAGAUCACCCCGCUCUGUACCGAGACCUGCUGCGGACAAACCGCGUGCACUGGAUCGCAGAGGAGCCGCCGGCAGAGCUGGUUAGGGAGAAGAUGAUGGAAUGUCAUUUCAGAUUCCGGCACCAGAUGGCACUGGUGCCUUGUGUCCUGACUCUAAACCAAGAUGGGAGUGUGUGGGUAACACUAGUGAAGCCAGCAAGAGCUAUCACACCUGGACAGUUUGCUGUGUUCUACAAGGGAGAUGAGUGCCUGGGCAGUGGGAAGAUCCUGAGGAUGGGCCCAUCAGUGUAUACCUUGCAACAGGGCAAAAACCGAGAGGAGAGUCCAAAGAAGGAAGAGAUUGACAAAAUAGAACCAGCAACAUAACACCUGGGAUUGUUUAUUGAAGGACUUUGGAGAAUUUGCUGCCUGAGAACAAGAAAAACUGUAAUAAAUGUGGUUCAUAAGGCCAGUUAACCAGAGAGUCCCAGCUCUUGACUGUUAGCACUGAGGGAGUUUAAAACUAAAGCCAGUUUGGUGCAAUUUAGCUGGGCUGUAUGGUGCUGUUUAUAUUAAUACGUAUCAAGGGAUGUCCUAAGGUGUUCUGUAAUAGUGGUAACACAUACAGGAAUUUUAAUACAAAAAUCAUGGCUGAAAUAAUAAAUCUGUCUCUCAUGUGUAAGUGAAAUGCCUUUUCUUCCCUUCCUUAAAGGUACCUGUCCUUAGUAAAGUACAUAUGUUAUUUUACACUAGAUGUAUGUUUGUGCUUUGAACUCUGCAAGAGGAAUGAAUGAUGUUUAAAUUUAGCAUUUGGAAUGAACUCCAGGCAGCAGA